GCGUAACCGAACGGACGGCACCAUGAGGCUCUCACUACUCUCCUUCCUGGCGUACGUCGCGGCCCAGGACGUUAUUAAGGACGACUCGUACUUUUACGGCCAGUCCGAGGCGGUUUACCCAACGCCCAACAACCAUGAGACCGGACCGUGGGCCGAGGCGGUGGCUAAGGCCAAGAAGCUCGUGGCCCAGAUGACCGUCGAGGAAAAGGUCAGCAUGACGGCCGGUGCGCCAUCGUCCACGGGCUGCAACGGCUUCGUGCCAGGCGUCGCCAGGCUCGGCUUCCCCGGGCUAUGCCUGGUGGACGCGGGCAACGGGGUGCGCGGUACAGACUUUGUUAACGCGUACCCUUCGGGGCUGCACGUGGGCGCCAGCUGGAACCGCGAGCUGACGCACUCCCGCGGCACCUUCAUGGGCGGCGAGGCGCGCAAGAAGGGCGUCAACGUGCUUCUGGGCCCCUUGAUCGGCCCCAUAGGGCGCGUGGUAUCUGGCGGGCGCAACUGGGAGGGCUACUCGGUCGACCCGUACCUGACCGGCCAGCUGGUGUACGAGACGGUGCGCGGCACACAAGGCCAGGGCGUCAUCACCAGCGCCAAGCACUUCAUCGCUCAGGAGCAAGAGACGCACCGGCUGUGGCACGAGCCGACGACGGCCGAGGCGGUGUCUUCCAACGUCGACGACCGCACGCUGCACGAGCUGUACCUGUGGCCGUUCGCGGACGCGGUGAGGGCGGGCACGGGCAACGUCAUGUGCUCCUUCAACCGGCUCAACAACACGUACGCGUGCCACAACAGCAAGGCGCAAAACGGGCUGCUCAAGGGCGAGCUCGGGUUCCAGGGUUGGAUCGUGUCCGACUGGGGCGCGCAGCGGGCGGGCGUGGCGUCGGCGCUGGGCGGGCUGGACGUGGCCAUGCCCAACGCCAACGGCAAGUGGGGGUCGCUGCUGGUGGAGGCCGUGGCCAACGGGUCGGUGCCGGCGGCGCAGCUGGACAACAUGGCGACGCGCAUCGUGGCGUCGUGGUACCGCAUGGGGCAGGACGAGGGGUACCCCGCGCCAGGGCACGGCAUGCCCAAGGACCUGGCGCAGCCGCACGAGAUUGUGGACGCGCGGGACCCUAAAGCCGAGUCGACGCUGUGGGACGGGGCCGUCGAGGGACACGUCCUGGUUAAGAACAAGGGCGCGCUGCCUCUCAAGGGGCUCAAGACGCUGUCGCUGUUUGGCUACUCGAUGCGUGCGCCCGAUCGCAACAACCGCGAGGAGAUCCUGCCCGGCAACCUGUUUCACCCGUGGAGCAUCGGCGCGCAGUCGGCCAACAUCACUGAGAUCAGCCUCGACUGGCUCGACAGUCUCGCGGUGCCUGCGUCCGAUAUCGCCCCCAACGGAACGCUCAUCUCUGGCGGCGGCUCAGGGGCGGCGGCGUGGACCACGUUUAGCGCCCCGUACGACGCAUUCCUGCAGCGGGCCAAGAAGGACCGCACGCAGCUGUUCUGGGACUUUGACUCCAAGAAGCCCAUGGUGAUGGCGACGUCCGGGGCGUGCGUGGUGGCGGGCAACGUGUGGGCGACAGAAGGCGCCGACCGGCCCAACGUGCGAGACAAGUACACGGACGAGCUGGUGCUGGCGGUGGCGUCGCAGUGUGCCAACACCAUCGUGGUCUUCCACAACGCGGGCACGCGCCUCGUCGACGCUUUUGCUGACCACCCCAACGUUACGGCCAUCGUGUUUGCUCACCUGCCCGGCCAGGACAGCGGCGACGCGCUGGUGGCGCUGCUGUACGGCGACGAGAACCCGUCCGGCCGGCUGCCGUACACGGUGGCGCGCGACGAGGCCGACUACGGCGGCCUGCUGCGGGCGGACAAAACGUUGGCCCCGCACAAGUUCCAGCACUUUCCGCAGUCCGAUUUUACCGAGGGCGUGUACUUGGACUACCGGCGAUUCGACGCUCUCAACGUGACGCCGCGCUACGAGUUUGGCUUCGGGCUGAGCUACACGACGUUUGACUACAGCAACCUGCGGGUGUCGCGCACCAACGCCGCCGCCCAGCCGCUGCCGACUGGCGCCGUGGCCGAAGGUGGGCGCACCGACCUGUGGGACGUCGUGGCUGUCGUGGAGGCCGACGUGGCCAACACGGGCGGCCGUGACGGCAAGGAAGUGGCACAGCUGUACGUGGGAAUCCCGACGCCGGGCGAUGCGGCGUCCGUAGAGGGCCGCCAGCCCGUGCGGCAGCUGCGGGGGUUCGAGAAGCCACUGAUCAAGGCGGGACAGACGACCACGGUCAAGUUUGAGCUCACCCGCCGCGACCUGAGCGUGUGGGAUGUGACGGCACAAGAGUGGCGACUGCAGUCGGGGUCGUACGCCGUGUCGGUCGGGAGGAGCAGCCGCGACCUGCCUUUGACAGGGACGUUAAGCUUGGGUGGCUUGAGCCGUAGAUCCAGGAGAUUGUAGAUCCAGGAGAUUGUAGAUGACUUGAUGGUAUUUAAUGCGAUAUGACUAUUGCGGCCGCAGUGCACCCCCC